UGCGUGUGUGUGUGUGUGUGUAUGUGCGUGUGCGCGUACGUGUCCGUGUGUGUGUGUGGUGUGUGCGUGUGUGCGUGGGCGUGAGGGCAUGUGGGCGUGUGUGUGUGUGCGUGUGUGCGCAAUCGGCGCCCUGACCCCGCAGGAGCGGCAGAGGACGACGCGCACCUUGCACCCCCCCCCUCGGAAACAGGGCCUCGGCCCCUCGCGGAGGCACGCCACGGCCCCUCGCGCCAAGCGGCUGCCCCUCCGCCCGUCCGCGCCCCCAGCCAAGUCGGUCGGCAGCCUGUGCUCCGCCGCGCGCCGGAUGCACCACCCGCCCACGGCGACCCCGUCUGAACCAGGUUCUGACGUGGACGCUGCUCUACCUCAUUGGGCGCCGCUCGACCCGGGCGCCGCGGGCCACGCGCCGGGCCCGGCGCUGCACGAGCGCGCCGCGCCGUCCACGGCCACCAGCCUGGACUCCGACUCGGAGCAGUCGUCCUCACCGGCAGCGUCCGAGCCGUGCUGGGAGGAGGCGAGCUCGAGUAGUACCCCUCGCCAGGAGCCGAGCCGGGGGGCCUCGGCGCCCUCGACGCCGCUGGGCGCCCGCGCGCGCCCGGCCCCGGCGACGGGGCCGGCAGGAGGCGCGGCGCCGCGGACGCCGCUGGUGAGCCGCGGCGCUCUCGUGCCUGCCCUGAACCUGCCGGGGGCCCCCCGCGGGCCACGGGUGCGGAGCACGGGCGCGGCCGCUGCGCCCGC